GAGACACCACACACACACGGCACAAGAUGGCCGGAGAGGCAGCAGCACCCCGAGCUGUCAGGCGUUUCGCCGCGCCCGCGGGGCCCGCCGGCCGGCGAGGACCUGCUCCCGGGCGGCCCGCAGACCCGCGGGAGCAAAGCGGCCGUGGUUGGGGGGCGAGGCGGGCCGCGCGCCGGGCUGGGAGCCCGCGCGGCAGAGGCGCCCGGGGCGGCCGGGCCCACGACGUGGAAAGCGCCGCUGCGGCAGCGGCCGCCGAGGCUCCCCGGGGCCCCGGCGGCCCGACCCGUACGGGCGGGAGGCUCGGGCGGGCGCCCUGGCGCGGGAGUCGGGUGCUGGCGACCAGGAGGGGCCGGCCGCGGCGUUCGGACCCGAAUAUAUUUGUCUUCGUCCUGCGGUAGCUCAUGUGUUGUUGUGGAGGUGAAGAUCUACGUAAAAAUAGUGUUCGGCAGAUUUACGUAGUACUUGUAAAAUCAAAGGUAACUUACAAGAUUAAAAUUAAAUUUGGUUGACGAUUCUGAACAAAUACGCUGUUUUAUUUGAGGUAUGCCAUUUUGAAGACUGAGACCAUGGAAUUUUAUCCUUGAGGAUAAAUCUUUGUGAUAGUCUGUACUUUGUAUAGCAAGAAUAUGAAUCCUGAAGCUGAAUUACCUAAGGGGCCUCUACAGCGAAGUGAAAUAGAUGUUGGUGGAAGCAUUUACACCAGUCAGCUUGAAGAGUCUCAAAUGGACCCUACCACUGAGAAAUCAAGAUGGCAGUCCACUAUGGGGAAUUGAGAAAAAUGGAUUAAUACAAGAGUGCUGUGAUAAUAUGCAACCAAGACAGGGUUCUUUUAACAUGGAGUUCAUGAAAUGAAUGAAGAUAGAGGUUUCUUAACAGCACAGAUGGACAGUGAAUUUGACUUUCUAGAGACUUUUUGUAUCAUUAAGAAUAUUUUUGACAUUUGUAGAAAAAGAUGGCACAUUAACAGAUGAUAGUUUAUAUGCCUGGAAUUUUUUGCGGUUUGAUUUGUAUGAGUAUGACCUUGUGGAAUGUUAACUUUAAUAAAAUUUCUAACACUUUAAAAUUUCUCAGUUUGGGUUUUUUUUUUUUUUUUUUUAAGCUCGUUUCAUUAAAUAUUCAGUGUCGCCUUAAAUGACAUUUGACCUUUUACAGUUGCCCAGCAGUCAAGUAUACUGAAUAAAGCUGGUAAAAUGGAAAUGGUGUGCUGGAAAAUAUUUUACUUGGUUGGUUAAGAUUUGUCUUUUUACAAAGUUGUAGAAAUUUAUUUGUGCCUUAAAAAAUGGUUAUUCAGUUAAAAUACUAUUUUAUACUUUCUGAAAGCAUCUUGCUUAACCAGUGGGUUAAGGAUAUUUGAUUUGCUGUGAGACUUUAAUGAACUUCUUAAAAAAAUGCCUUUUGCUUCAAAAUUCAGCAUGAAUGAUGAGUAUUUUUCUGAAUUAGUAUGUUUUGAUGGAAAUGGUCCCUUUCACCUAUGCUUCUUAAAUAUUAUAAAUAAAACAUCUUGUAGAAUAUCUGAACAUUUAAACUCAAUCCCUCUUUUAUCUUAAUGGUUAAUAUUAGGUAAAGAGGUGUUGGGUUAUAGGAAGGUCCUUAGGGUAUUCGCAGAAGAACUUAACAUUUUGGUGUCAAUAAUGUCUACAGUAGAUUUUAUAAGAUAAGAUUGCUUAUUGUAUUUUUCUGCUGUACAUUUAGAAAUUUAGAGUAAGUGAACCACACUAUGUCAUUGAUAACUUUUGUUUGAAUUCUGGGUGAAUGCUGCAGUUUCAUUGAUAAUCAGUUAAAAUUAUUUUCAGUUACUAUUAUGGGGUGUGGCAGACUUUGAUAAACCAAAUGAGUUGUUGAUUAUAUUUUCCCAUUAUAUAGAGAACAAAUGAUAGUUCAGCUUUUGUGUUUUGUUUUGGUGAGAAAAUGUUAAUCACACCAUGUUUGUAAUGUCAAAUACCAGGAUACACAAGUCAGUGAUCAAUAGAGAUGUUGUAUUCAUUCUCAUUGGCUGAUUUGAGUUGGUUGGUUUAUAUAGAUCAAAAGUGGGAUUUUGAUUUUGGUACAAAAUUAUCUUUUGUAGACAGUAUGGAAGUGAGACUGGGUUUUGGUUAUGGAUUUUACAUUUACCUGGGUGCAAAUUACUGCUUUUGUUGAGUAUAAGUCUCAAGUUGGCUUUUCAGUGAGGGAAGGGUGGUGGUCUGGCUGAGUGACGAGAGUUGAUUGUUUUUGGUUGUGUGAAUGUUUUCUUGGGGUGCUUGUUGAGAAAGUUGAAUGAUUUGGUUUUGGCAUAGUGAUUUUGUUUAUGUGAAUGUCAUGGUUUUGACAUGUAGGAGAGUUUGCCCUGUGACAUUACUUUGGUAACUUUUCCAUCAGAUAUGACAGGUUGUUACUAGUUUACUAUUGUUGAAAUGGGUAUAUACUUAGAAUUUGAUUCGGAAUACAAGGGGAUGGUUGAAAUACAUGUGUUGGUUUUGGAGGUGGAGUUCCUUUGGUUUGUUUUUUCAUUGGUAGUUCCAUGCUCUUGAAUUCAGUAACAUUGUUUUGCCUGAAUCAGUAUGGUAUGGGAAUUUGGGGGUAUGGUUUUGGCAAGGUUGUAUAAUGGGUUAAAGAAUUUUGUGAAAAUACAAAGAAAAGUUGAGAUUUUUGAAUAAAAACUAGUUGCAUUAAUUUUUGCCCUAAUGCAACUGAACACUAGGGAGGCGCUCUUGUGCCCCUUCCUUCCAGUUGGGGUGGAAAAUUCCCCCUUAAACUUAAUUCUUAGAUAAUUUUUAGGCUUCAUAAGGGAGGCAAAAGUUGAAUUUUAAUUUAUGAAAUUGAGGUUUUGCUUUUAUUUAGAAACCAUUUUACCAUGGUGGGGGGUAGUUUUUAAAAAGAUUAGUACUUAAGCUGAGCUUUAUAUUCUCCUAAGAAUUAUCCCUUUUUCAAAAUGGCUUGAUAAAACACCACUUCCUGUCCAGAGAGGAAGUUAUUUUAGCUCAAGGACUGAAAUAUUUAGCAGAUCUUUAGACAAAAGGAACAAAUUACAUUUCUCUCUGGCUUAAAAAGGGUGUUUGAGCCAGAGGGGGUUAAGAAACCCUCCCCCCUCCGCCUGAUGGGGUGGUCUGGAGGGGCAGGGAGGGGUGGGGGUAGGGGUCCUUAGGCUCCCUGGGAUGGAGUAUCUUUUUUUUUUUUUUUUGGUGGAGAUGAAGGGGUGGGUCUAUGGUACAUCACCUGAGUUGUGGGGUAAAUGUAGAGAGUGUCAAUCAAAGGCAGAGCUCAGAGCUGGGAAGGAGGCUCUAGAUGGCGGCUGUGCCUUAGAGAGAGCGCGCUCAGCUCCCAGCCUUCGCCUCACUUUACGCAACUUUCCCUAACUUUCGGGCAGCCUCAGGGGGCCCCCGCAGCCCCCUGCCUCUCCUAGUGGCUUACUGGGGUCGAUUCGAGCCUUUUUUAGGGGGAAAAGCAGCUCUUGGGAGCUUUCUUUUCGUGCCUUGCUGGAAAGAAGCAGCCGUACUGCGAGCCCAGGUCGUUGUUUUUCCAGCUUAGAAGCCAUGGCGCACCUCCAUUUUUGUGCGCUCUCCUAAUGAGGUUUUUUUUCUUCCGGACCCGUUUCAGGAUUAUUUGUUGCUUUAUUUUUUUGAACAGUUAACAUAUUUGAGGAUUAUAUUAUUUAUUUUUUGCUUUUUAACGGAGAAUUUUGUUUUUAUUUUUAAUUAUUUGGGAUCUGAUAUUUUUCUACUACUAGAUAGGACUCUUGCUUUGGACCUACUACAUGGAUCAGUAAAUACCUGGGCACAGGACUUCAAAGCAAACACAGAUUCCCCCUCCCCCUUAAUAUUUAAGAAUUAAAAGAUGAUGAGAAAUAAGGACAAAAGCCAAGAGGAGGACAGUUCGCUACACAGCAAUGCAUCGAGUCAUUCAGCAUCUGAAGAAGCUUCGGGUUCAGACUCAGGCAGCCAGUCGGAGAGUGAGCAGGGCAGCGACCCAGGAAGUGGCCAUGGCAGUGAGUCAAAUAGUAGCUCUGAAUCUUCGGAGAGUCAGUCGGAAUCUGAGAGUGAAUCGGCAGGUUCCAAGUCCCAGCCAGUUCUUCCAGAAGCCAAAGAGAAACCAGCCUCUAAGAAGGAACGGAUAGCUGAUGUGAAGAAGAUGUGGGAAGAAUAUCCUGAUGUUUAUGGGGUUAGGCGGUCAAACCGAAGCAGACAAGAACCAUCACGAUUUAAUAUUAAGGAGGAGGCAAGUAGCGGGUCUGAGAGUGGGAGCCCAAAGAGAAGAGGCCAGAGGCAGCUGAAAAAACAAGAAAAAUGGAAACGGGAGCUCUCAGAAGAUGAACAGGAGCAAGGCACCAGUGCAGACAGCGAACCAGAGCAAACAGUGAGAGCCAGAAGACCUGUCCCCAGAAGAACAGUGCCCAAACCUCGUGUUAAAAAGCAACCUAAGACUCAGCGUGGAAAGAGGAAAAAGCAAGACUCUUCUGAUGAUGAGGAUGAAGAUGAUGAAGCUCCCAAAAGGCAGACGCGCCGCAGAGCAGCUAAAAAUGUGAGUUAUAAAGAAGACGAUGACUUUGAGACUGACUCAGAUGACCUCAUUGAAAUGACUGGAGAAGGAGUUGAUGAACAGCAGGAUAAUAGUGAAACUAUUGAAAAGGUCUUAGAUUCAAGGCUGGGAAAGAAAGGAGCCACUGGAGCUUCUACUACUGUGUAUGCAGUCGAAGCUAAUGGAGACCCUAGUAGCGACUUUGACCCUGAAAAGGACGAAGGCGAAGUCCAGUACCUCAUCAAGUGGAAGGGCUGGUCAUAUAUCCACAGCACAUGGGAGAGUGAAGAGUCCUUACAGCAACAAAAAGUGAAGGGUCUAAAAAAACUAGAGAACUUCAAGAAGAAAGAGGAUGAAAUCAAGCAAUGGUUAGGGAAGGUUUCUCCUGAAGAUGUGGAAUAUUUCAACUGCCAACAAGAGCUGGCCUCGGAGCUGAACAAACAGUAUCAGAUCGUAGAAAGAGUAAUAGCUGUGAAGACAAGCAAAUCUACACUGGGUCAGACAGACUUUCCAGCUCAUAGUCGGAAGCCGGCCCCUUCCAACGAACCUGAGUAUCUAUGCAAGUGGAUGGGACUGCCCUAUUCAGAGUGCAGCUGGGAAGACGAAGCCCUGAUCGGAAAGAAAUUCCAGAGCUGCAUUGACAGCUUCCACAGUCGCAACAACUCAAAAACCAUCCCCACAAGGGAAUGCAAGGCCCUGAAGCAGAGACCACGAUUUGUGGCUUUAAAGAAACAGCCGGCAUAUUUAGGAGGAGAGAAUCUGGAGCUCCGAGAUUAUCAGCUGGAAGGUCUCAACUGGCUUGCUCACUCCUGGUGCAAAAGUAACAGUGUAAUCCUUGCUGAUGAAAUGGGCCUAGGAAAGACCAUCCAGACCAUAUCGUUCCUCUCCUACCUGUUCCACCAGCACCAGCUGUAUGGCCCCUUUCUUAUAGUCGUCCCUUUAUCCACCCUCACCUCAUGGCAGAGGGAGUUUGAAAUCUGGGCACCAGAGAUUAACGUAGUGGUUUACAUAGGUGACCUGAUGAGCAGAAAUACGAUACGAGAAUAUGAAUGGAUUCACUCUCAAACCAAAAGGCUAAAGUUCAAUGCGCUUAUAACAACAUAUGAGAUCCUCUUAAAAGAUAAGACUGUGCUGGGCAGUAUUAACUGGGCCUUUCUGGGAGUGGAUGAAGCCCAUCGGUUGAAGAAUGAUGACUCUUUAUUGUAUAAAACUCUGAUUGAUUUCAAGUCCAACCAUAGGCUCCUGAUUACGGGGACCCCUCUUCAGAAUUCCCUCAAAGAGCUCUGGUCCUUGCUGCACUUUAUUAUGCCUGAGAAGUUUGAGUUCUGGGAAGAUUUUGAAGAAGACCAUGGGAAAGGGAGAGAGAAUGGCUAUCAGAGUCUUCAUAAGGUGCUAGAGCCUUUCCUUCUCCGAAGAGUGAAGAAAGAUGUGGAGAAAUCUCUUCCUGCCAAAGUGGAACAGAUUCUCAGAGUGGAGAUGUCAGCCCUUCAGAAACAGUAUUAUAAAUGGAUUUUGACCAGGAAUUACAAGGCUCUUGCCAAAGGAACAAGAGGCAGCACAUCUGGUUUCCUUAAUAUUGUGAUGGAACUGAAGAAAUGCUGCAACCACUGUUACCUGAUUAAACCUCCUGAAGAAAAUGAAAGGGAAAAUGGACAGGAAAUUCUUCUGUCCCUGAUCAGGAGCAGUGGGAAGUUGAUUCUAUUAGAUAAACUGUUGACAAGACUUCGAGAAAGAGGAAACAGAGUCCUUAUCUUCUCUCAGAUGGUGAGGAUGUUGGAUAUCCUGGCUGAGUACCUCACUAUUAAGCACUACCCUUUCCAGCGUCUGGAUGGUUCCAUCAAGGGAGAAAUCAGAAAACAGGCGCUGGACCACUUCAACGCAGAUGGGUCUGAGGACUUCUGUUUCCUGCUCUCGACAAGGGCUGGUGGCCUGGGAAUCAAUUUGGCUUCCGCGGACACAGUUGUCAUCUUUGACUCUGACUGGAAUCCCCAGAACGACUUGCAGGCACAAGCCCGAGCCCACAGAAUUGGUCAGAAGAAGCAGGUGAAUAUUUACCGCUUGGUUACAAAGGGGACCGUGGAGGAAGAGAUCAUAGAACGGGCCAAAAAGAAGAUGGUAUUGGACCAUCUGGUGAUUCAGCGCAUGGAUACCACUGGCCGAACGGUUCUGGAAAACAACUCUGGAAGGUCCAAUUCAAAUCCUUUUAAUAAAGAAGAGCUGACAGCGAUUUUGAAAUUUGGAGCAGAGGAUCUCUUCAAAGAACUUGAAGGGGAGGAAUCAGAGCCUCAGGAAAUGGAUAUAGAUGAAAUUUUGCGCUUGGCUGAAACCAGAGAGAAUGAAGUCUCAACAAGUGCGACAGAUGAACUUCUGUCACAAUUUAAGGUUGCCAACUUCGCAACGAUGGAGGAUGAAGAAGAGCUUGAUGAGCGUCCUCACAAGGACUGGGAUGAGAUCAUCCCAGAGGAGCAGAGGAAGAAAGUGGAGGAGGAAGAGCGGCAGAAGGAGCUGGAAGAGAUUUACAUGUUGCCUCGAAUUCGGAGUUCCACUAAAAAGGCUCAGACAAAUGACAGUGACUCUGACACAGAGUCUAAGAGACAGGCCCAGAGGUCCUCUGCCUCUGAGAGUGAGACAGAUGACUCUGAUGACGACAAGAAGCCCAAGCGCAGAGGGCGUCCCCGAAGUGUGCGGAAGGACCUGGUGGAGGGAUUCACGGACGCUGAGAUUCGGAGGUUCAUCAAGGCGUAUAAGAAGUUUGGUCUCCCUCUUGAACGGCUGGAGUGCAUAGCACGUGAUGCUGAGCUGGUAGAUAAGUCUGUGGCGGAUCUGAAGCGCUUGGGGGAACUGAUUCACAACAGCUGUGUGUCAGCAAUGCAGGAAUAUGAAGAGCAGCUGAAAGAAAAUGCCAGUGAGGGGAAAGGACCAGGGAAAAAGAGAGGCCCAACUAUCAAGAUAUCUGGGGUUCAGGUUAAUGUGAAAUCUAUUAUCCAACAUGAAGAAGAGUUUGAGAUGCUGCAUAAAUCUAUCCCUGUAGACCCUGAAGAAAAAAAAAAAUAUUGCUUAUCCUGUCGUGUCAAAGCUGCACAUUUUGAUGUCGAGUGGGGAGUAGAGGAUGACUCUCGUCUACUGCUGGGGAUUUAUGAACAUGGCUACGGAAACUGGGAGCUAAUUAAAACGGACCCAGAGCUUAAGUUAACUGACAAAAUUCUGCCCAUGGAGACAGAUAAAAAGCCCCAGGGGAAGCAGCUGCAGACCCGAGCAGACUACUUGCUGAAGCUGCUCAGGAAGAGUCUGGAGAAGGAGGGCGCCGUGACAGGCGGGGAAGAGGCCAAAUUAAAGAAGCGGAAGCCUCGAGUCAAAAAGGAAAACAAAGCACCGAGGCUGAAGGACGAACAUGGGAUUGAGUUUUCAUCUCCUCGACACUCGGACAAUCCGUCAGAAGAGGGAGAAGUAAAGGAUGAUGGCUUAGAAAAAAGUCCAACGAAAAAGAAACAGAAGAAGAAAGAGAACAAGGAGAACAAGGAGAAACAAAUGAGCUCUAGGAAAGACAAGGAAGGGGACAAGGAAAGGAAGAAAUCGAAAGACAAAAAAGAGAAGCCUAAAGGUGGUGAUGCCAAAUCUUCAAGUAAAUCCAAGCGCUCUCAGGGCCCUGUCCACAUCACAGCAGGAAGUGAACCCGUCCCCAUUGGAGAGGAUGAGGAGGAUGAUCUGGACCAGGAGACAUUCAGCAUAUGUAAGGAGAGGAUGCGGCCUGUGAAGAAGGCGCUGAAACAGCUGGACAAGCCUGACAAGGGGCUCAGCGUCCAGGAGCAGCUGGAGCACACCCGGAACUGCCUGCUGAAGAUCGGGGACCGGAUCGCUGAGUGCCUCAAGGCCUACUCAGACCAGGAGCACGUCAAGCUGUGGAGGAGGAACCUGUGGAUUUUUGUUUCCAAGUUUACAGAAUUUGAUGCUCGAAAAUUGCACAAGUUAUACAAGAUGGCUCAUAAGAAAAGAUCUCAAGAAGAAGAGGAGCAGAAGAAGAAAGAGGAUGUGAUUGGGGGUAAGAAACCAUUUCGACCAGAGGCCUCGGGUUCCAGCCGUGACUCCCUGAUGUCUCAGUCCCACACCCCGCACAACCUUCACCCGCAGAAGCCUCAUUUGCCUGCCUCUCACGGCCCACAGAUGCACGGACACCCAAGAGACAACUACAAUCACCCCAACAAGAGACACUUUAGUACUGCAGACCGAGGCGACUGGCAGAGGGAAAGAAAGUUCAACUAUGGCGGUGGCAAUAACAACCCGCCCUGGGGGAGCGACCGGCACCACCAGUACGAGCAGCACUGGUACAAGGACCACCACUACGGGGACCGGCGGCACAUGGACGCCCACCGCUCGGGGAGCUACCGCCCCAACAGCCUGUCGAGGAAGAGGCCGUACGACCAGUACAGCAGCGACCGAGACCACCGGGGCCACAGGGACUACUACGACCGGCACCAUCAUGACUCUAAGCGGAGGCGAUCGGAUGAAUUUAGGCCUCAAAAUUACCACCAGCAGGAUUUCCGACGAAUGUCUGAUCACCGCCCCCCUAUGGGCUACCACGGCCAGGGGCCCUCGGACCACCACCGCUCUUUCCACACAGACAAAUUGGGGGAGUAUAAACAGCCCCUACCCCCGCUGCACCCCGCAGUCUCAGAUCCUCGCUCUCCCCCUUCUCAGAAAUCUCCUCAUGAUUCCAAGUCACCCCUGGAUCAUCGGUCUCCUUUGGAGAGAUCACUAGAACAGAAAAACAACCCAGAUUAUAACUGGAAUGUUAGGAAAACAUAAAGGACCGCUUGGAAAGCAGGGGAGCGAGAGCGUCAUGAAGCACCUGGACGUCUUUGGUCUGAUCCACAGGAGCCGGUUACCCAGACCCAAGAGGGCGUUUCUGGACACAGGGCUGCCAUCAGCCUGCCGCUGAGGGGCACUCAGAGCGUGGGGGCCUUUGGCUCAGCCCGGCUUUGAUCUGGGUCACCCCCUCCUGCACUUGGGCACCCAUCGCAUUCCGGCCUGGUCCUGGCCUCCCACUCGGAUGGGUGCCAGGAGGAAGCGGUGAUGCUUUUGUCUACCAGCUUCACGGGCUGUUUCCCAGUGAAGGCAGGAGAGGUCUUAGAGUUGUGAAUGUUUCGUCGCCCUGGGCCUCAGUGCGGGGUCGGGGAAGGCACGUGUGCAUGAAGGCUGCUGGGACCCGCUGGACACACGGGGUCUGGUGCACUCUGAUGAGACGGAUGCUGCUGACAGGCGAGGGAUGCGCGGGUGGGGUCUUGCACCACAGGACUUGCAGGGGAGCAGGUACCCCCUCAGACGUGUCCUCGGGAGAAGUGACACUUGAGCCUCACUGUUUGAUGGCGGGGGGUGGGGGCGGGGGCCACCUCCUCCACGGCCUCUUCCCCAGCAACACUAAAUUGCCCCACACUAUGUGUCUCAGAGGCGUGGUCUCCUGCGUGGGCCUCCUUUACCCCCCCACCCCCAUUUCCCCGCAUCCUCCAUCCCCCAUUUCCCUACCAUCCCAUUCCCCAGACCCCCCAUCCCAGCCCCAACCCCUGCAGGGGGAAGGUCAUGGUUCAGCACUGCGCUGGGCGGGGCUGGUUUGCCUGGGAGCCGCCUUGAGGGCCAGGGCGGGAGCGGGUGGCCAGGGCUCGGGAAUCCUGGGUGGAUUCCGGCUCCCACACUGAGUGAUGGGGGGAGAGAAGGGGUGGGAGCAGGCUUGCGCCUGGCUGGGUGCUGGCGGCACCGGAGCAGAGCACUGGGGGUGGGGGGUGGGUUUCCCAGCCUGGAGGGGGGGUUGGUGGUGUGGUCCGUGUGGCGGCGGGUCACCAUCUGCAGCUCAUCUUUGCACAACCUGAGGAGGGAGGAGUCAUGGAAUCACACAUCUCCUGCCACUGCGCGGUGGGUGGCCAGAUACGAAUCAGUUACUCCCUGUGGUGAACAUGCGGCCACUGCUAGUUGGAGAUCAUUAGAACUGAACUCAGUAUCUUUUAGAAUGAGGUCAAGCUAAGUCUAAACCUAAGUUCAUUUUUUUCCCCCAGAUCUGGAAGCCUUCAAGGACAGGGUGACUGAGCUGCAGAUAGGAAGAGCUGGGCUAGAGCUGAGGACGGGUUGAGGUUAGCUGCAGUAAUUAGCAGGCUCCUUGUCCUUUCCUGGUUCCGGGGCCUUCUGUUCCGUUCACCUUAAAGAUAAUUUGCCAGUAUUGUUAGAGUAUGCAAAGGCCUUUCUAGACGGAGACAGAAUAACUGACUUGAACGUGCAGUGAGCCCGUGGGUUUCCGGGCUCAGAGCUGGUGGAAGCCCUUCCCUGGGUGUCCACAGGGUUAUGCUCCCCACACUGACUGCCCCUCUCCAGGGGACUCCAGGAAUCACCGUCACACCACUCAUGCCUUUACUGUUGCCUCACACGGUGAAGCAGGGGCGGGCCUGGGGGGCUCUCGCUCGCUCCUCUGCGGAGCGUCUUCGGCUGGCCUGUGCCAAGGUCCUCGUGGGAGGCAGGGUCCUCACAGCUGGUGUGGGGAGUUCCGUGGGCUCGGCACCUCCUGGUGUUUGGGGUCGUUCACCCUGGGCUUGUAGAGCGCAUGCUGGGAGCACAGCCCAGGGGACCGCAGGGAGCCCCGGCAGCGGUCACCCCGCUGGGCCAUGCCUGACUGCUGUGGGGGGGCAGGAGACUGCCUCUGCUCGGGUUGGGGUCCCUGCCCGCAGUACUGACGCUGCCUGUGCUGGUCUCGCCUGGCCAGAGAGGAAGGGCGGGCCGGCUUGUGGGUCCCCGAGCCAUCGCCGGGCUGUGGCGGUCCGCAGAGAGGCCCCAGCUCGGCUUCCUCUGUAGGAGGGCGGGUCGUGGUCCUGUCAGAGGGGCCAGGGGGAGGACCGGCAGGGCCUGCAUUUCAGAGCUCACGGUUUUUGGGUUUUUUUCCUCUGAAGUUGUUGAUAGGAGAUGUGAGUUAUUCCCAAAGAUGUCUCGUCAUGAGGAAAAAGGAGCUUCCUUUUGUUCACAUUCAGGACUUCUAGUGCCAUAUGCUGCAGCAAAAGGCAGUAUCAGCCAGAUCAGUGUUAAGUUGAUUACAGAAAGUACAGUAUCCUCAUAAAAGCAUCUGUCUUAGGUGCCGGAGUGUGUUUGCAGAGUGGGUUGGGAGAGAGGAAGCAUUUCCUCGUUGUCAGUCAGUAUGAAUACUGUAUGCUUCUGUCGAAACCAGAAAUUUGCACAGAUAGGAAUUCUCUCACUCGUGGAUGGGAGAAGCCUCCCCCGGAGUCUCUGAGGAUGGUUUUCUGUGGCUCUGAAGGAUGUAGUUACUGGGUAGAAAGAGCAAGGGCCGAGGAAGAGGAGAGUUAGCGCCACCGAGAACCUGAGCAGGAGCACGGAUUCACGUGUGUGCCCUCGUCCCGCUGAGGACGCGGUCACCACAGGCUGGUCCCCCCAUCGGCCACUGCCCCGGGCUCCCCCUCCUUCCAGCCAUUCCCUCCUUACACCCUCCGACGGGAACCCAGGACACCUCUCACGUCGUGCUGCAGACCUAACCCGAUACCCCCGAUACCUGAGGGCCGCAUCAGGGCGCGCGGUGCAAACGCAACCCAGUUAGGAAUUCACACAGCGACACGGGAAUCCUACAGACCAAAACCCACUCGUCAGCAGGAGCGGUGGGCCCCCGGCUCGUCUGGGGCGGCCGUGUCAGCGAGGAGAGCCAGGCCAGGGGCCCAGCCUGCUUUAGUCCAUCUGCGCCCCACUUGGUUGGGGACGGAUGAUUUUUCUUUAUUGUAAAAUUGUGGACUUUUAAAAUCUGUUGACUAAACAGUAAUUAAUUUAUAUUUGUGAAAAAUGCCACUGUCCUAGUGAUUUCUGAUGUAAAUAAUGUUGUUUAUAUAGUAUGUAUUAAAUUUUCCUACAUUGUAAAA